ACUGAAAUGAAAUUGGUCGAGAAGGCCAAACCGGUAGACCGAUCUGAGACAAGUCGUAAUGGCGUCUUUCGCUUCUGUGUUCGCUGUCGGCGGGCCAGCAAGGGACGCGAUCCCGUCGCCGCCGCCGCCGCCACCGUCGCGCUCGCUGGGAUCCGGCCGCUCCUCUUGCCCGCGCGUCGUGUCGCUUCCCGCCGCCGCGCGGGGGGGCGGCGGCGGCGGGAAGGCCGGGGCGCUCGCGGUGAGGGCGAUGGCGCCGGCGAAAGCGAAGUACAAGGGCACGCACAUGAGGGAGAAGCGGCUGGCGGAGAUGAUAGAGGAGAAGGUGAGGGAGGCGAGGGAGGUGUGCGAAGGGGACGCGAGGUCCGACGGGUGCAAGGUGGCGUGGGACGAGGUGGAGGAGGUGAGCCAGGCGAAGGCCGAUCUCAGGCUCCGGCUGGAGAAGCAGCAGGACCCGCUCGAGUCGUUCUGCGAGCAGAAUCCCGACACCGACGAGUGCCGCGUCCACUUCGACUGAAGGAUCGGAAGAUCGAACCGGCGUCUCCUGCUUCUUCGACGAUCGCUUCGCUGCUCCGAGAACUGUACAUGGAUGCGUCGCGCCGGCGAUGUGUAGUUCUUUUGAUUGUAUGCAUUCCGGUAGGAAUAAGCUCCGACAGCUUUUGUGUCCAAACAGGUGUUGUUCAUGCAUCUGAGAAACAUUGCCUAAUGAUAAAUAGCAACUUUCGAA